AGCUGAUGACGUCAGCAGCGCUGAGGGUAGCGGAGCAGCGGCAGUCGUGUGUCGAGAGGAAGAAGAUGACUCUCAUCAAGGAGUACCGGGUGGUUUUACCCUGUAGUGUCGAGGAGUACCAAGUGGCGCAACUGUUUUCUGUGGCUGAGGCCAGUAAAAAUGAGACGGGCGGUGGUGAGGGCAUUGAGGUACUGAAGAACGAGCCCUAUGAAAAAGAUGGAGAGAAAGGACAGUAUACACAUAAAAUCUACCACUUAAAGAGUCGGGUACCAGGGCUUAUCAGGUACUUGGCUCCAGAGAGCGCCAUGGUAUUCCAUGAAAAAGCUUGGAAUGCCUACCCCUACUGCAGAACCAUUGUGACGAACGAGUAUAUGAAAGACAAUUUCUUCAUUAAAAUCGAGACGUGGCACAAACCAGACAUUGGAACUCAAGAAAACGUGCACGGACUAGACCAGGCCACAUGGGACAAGGUUACUGUCGUGCCAAUUGACAUCGCAGACAAUCUAAAAGUGGAGGCUGCCGACUACAAGCCAGAUGAGGAUCCUACCAAGUUCAAGUCAGUUAAGACGGGCAGAGGACCUCUUGGGCCCAACUGGAAGAGAGAGUUGGGUAGUCAGACUGACUGCCCAAAGAUGUGUGCCUACAAACUGGUCACAGUCAAGUUCAAGUGGUGGGGUCUGCAGAACAAAGCGGAGAACAUAAUCCAUGAUCAAGAGAAGAGGAUUUUCACUAACUUUCACCGCCAAGUCUUCUGCUGGAUUGAUAAAUGGGUGGACCUGACUAUGGAGGAUAUCCGGCGGAUGGAGGCAGAGACCCAGAAGGAGUUGGAGGAUAUGCGUAAGAAGGGCUCUGUGCGAGGUACAAAGCCUGCAGACGGGUAGCUAGGCCAGCUUCGCAGACGGGGUGAAGUUCGAGGAACCACUGCUGCAGAAUAAAGAAAAGGCAACAGAUCUUAAACACCCAUGAUGACGGCAGCAAUGGUCCCCCGGUGCCUCUUUUACCUUAACUGAUCCAUGCUGUGGGGGGAGGGGCCACUGCUACCUGCAAUCAAUAGAGCGGAUCCCUGGCUUGCACUCAAUCAUAGACAAUCUAUCCACUGAGGAAUUGAUUUCUAGAAACCAGCAUGAUCCCUGCUGAUAAGACUCUGGUUAAUUUUGAUCCCCUGGGCAGAGAAACGCAGGGUUUCAGCAUCAUGUUAUUGACGAGACCCAACAUUCUGGAGCGAUGAAGAAGAGCUGCUUGAAGUAGAGAUGUGGUUUUUUUUGUUUUUUUCUUUUACAAAAGCGAUUCACUGGUUUGAUUUCACAGUGGCAGGUGUAGGACCAACAAUUUCCUCUGUACUUUCUUGUUUUUUUUCUUUUUCCCUUCCUUUUUUGCUGAUGUUUAUCCUCCAAAACAUUCCUCUCUGGAUGAUCUUUGUCUCCUUGGUUUUUAACUGUACACAGUGUGGUUCAGUGGUUUGCAUUCCCUGGCAUGAGUCUGUCUGUUUGUCAUACUCGUGUUCCUUCCUGCCACAGCCUCCAUUAAGAGAUUACUAACACCCUUGGCACCUUGGCCCAUUGCAAUCCUCCCCCCACUCUACCCAAAGCACUGCAUCUUAUUAGCACUGACAAUCAUGCCCGAACAGGUAUUCACUCUCACUCCCAUACAGAUUUAAUAGAACCCCCCACAUACACGUCCAUAUGACACGCGUACAUCGCGCUCAUGAGGGUAAACAUGUGAAUUAAUUUUCACACGCACUCGCAGGUGCGGGCGCCUUUGUGGUGACUGAUCUCCCAAAAAUUCAUACUGGGCAGAUCUAUGCAGGCUUGUUCAGCUAAAGGAAGUUACUUUGGAAAUGUUUACAGAUCAUGCUGACGCUCUUCCCCCCCCCCCCAACCCCCCGCGCACAAACACUCCAUAUUCAGAAGACAUUCUCUCACAAUGUACAACACAGCAUUCCCCUCCAUACUGAUGUCCCUUGUGAUAACAGGCACCGAAAAACGGCCACAGAUGGUGCUGCACCCCUCCAGCCUCUUUGUCAUCAAACCACACGGCUUGUCGCGUGCCCCCCCACCCCCCCACCUCCCAAAAGGCCUGUCCCACACGUGGUUCUCCGAGGACGACCAUCUCCAAGUGACCUCUUCUGUUUUCAUGUGUUUACAGAUUCAUAAUUGCCUUCCCAGUGUGCACACUUCGCCAGCACCACACACUUGCUUGCCUUAAUCUCAAGACCUUUUAUAUUUAUCGGACCUAUCAAACCUCUUGCAGCUCUGCUGCCAGCUGUUGCUCUAGCUACCUCCCCUAUCGCUGACAGGCAAUCGAGCUAACGACUAAAUGUUAGCAGUAGCUUUUAGCUGCCACUUGAUGGGAGUAAAUCAUAUCACAGCUCCAAGAGCAAAGUUGAUUUGUGAUGACUCCUGGAUUUCUUCAGGGUGUGGAAUGCCAUGCGAUUCCCUUGUUUCUUAAGUGUCACAGCGCCUGAGCAAAUGGAAUUCCUUCAGCAAGAAGAACUCAGUAUGUUUGUGCUGUAACAGCCAGUGUGCACUAUUGUUGCCCCAAAGGGCUGAUUCACUUCUGUGCCUCAAACCAGCCAUGUUAGUGGAUAUGCCAUUUUGAUGACACAACUUGAGCUCCAUAGUGCACUUUCUCCCCUCAGGCUUCAGACUCAUGGCACUGGCCUACCGUGUUGAUCAUAACUGGUGUUAAAUACACAACUGUAUACAGUACAAAAGGUUUCCUUGGCUCAUUCUUACUGUUUGUGGGUUUUUUUUCCUGGUGUGUCUCCAGUUGUGCAACAGUAAUCUGGGGUUUGUUUUUAUAGAUCUAUUAUCCAGUUUUAAGACACUGAUGCAGCAUUACUUUGCUCAAAUAAGUUUUUAUUUCCUUCUUUCUGGCGAGGGAAUACAAUCAUUUCCUUUCGUAAUGGGUUAUUGGCUUGUACUAAACAGCAUAAAUAGAUUUCUGAUAUGUUUACAUGUAUUCAGCAACUGUACACUGUUUUAAAUAUAGGAAAGUUUCAGUCUGAGGCCACAUUUUUCAAAACAACAAAAGUCUUCUCAGGUGAACAAUACAGCGCAAGGACCUAUUUGAUAUUCCUGCUCCUCAGUUGCCCCAGACCACUGACUUCCUCUCACCGUUCCAUAGUUAGCGAUGGGAAAUGUGGUGCUAUAGUUGGAUUAUGACAGGAGCUGGUUGUGAUACAGUCUAGUUGGAGUAAAUGAGUCAGUUGGUGUUUGUGAUGGUGGAGCAGUAUGCAAUCAAAGAGUGUAAAAUAUAUAAUCCAUGUUUCCAAGUCUAUCUUAAUUAUUCUUGCGGUCUGCUGAAUACAGAACCCAGUGGCUAAGGAGAAUAACUUCCAUCAGUGGUUUUCCAUCUGUUUAAGAUGAUGGAAAUGGGGAGCGGAAGUGUUCACAUGGAUACUCUACAGUCUUAUCCUAAUUUAUGAAAUCUAUGAUUGUGUAAUUUCUGAGCUGCUUGCUUUUUAAUGUUUCUGAUCAGCUUUUUGAAAUUCAGGGGACAUGGUAGUGAAUGUAUGAUAUUUUGUGCCUUUUUUCUCUCUGUAAAUCUUCGUGCCAUCUUCUUAUUGUAUCUCAAUAUCAAAUAAAAAAGUUUAUCUAGUUUA